CAAAUCGAAUAUUAAAUAUCCACAGUAAAAGUCCAAUGGUUCUCACACAAAGUCCUGACUAACCAAACGGUGCCCUCUAGAAGCCAACAUUCUCUCCUCUCUCUCUUUCUCGCUCUACUCUGCAUCGUUGAAGCAGCCAUGACCAGCACCUCCGCCCAUUCUCGCAAGGCUUUGAGCAAGAUCGCAUGCAAUCGGCUCCAGAAAGAGCUUGUGGAAUGGCAGGUUAAUCCACCUGCUGGAUUCAAACACAAAGUCACUGAUAAUCUUCAAAGAUGGGUAAUUGAAGUCAACGGCGCACCGGGGACUUUGUACGCCAAUGAAACUUACCAGCUUCAAGUUGAUUUUCCCGAGCAUUACCCUAUGGAAGCCCCACAGGUGGUUUUUCUCUCUCCGGCUCCACUUCACGCUCAUAUUUAUAGCAAUGGCCAUAUCUGUUUAGAUAUUCUCUAUGAUUCUUGGUCCCCAGCCAUGACUGUUAGUUCUAUCUGUAUCAGCAUUCUUUCCAUGUUAUCAAGCUCCACCGCGAAGCAACGUCCUGCAGAUAACGACCGUUAUGUGAAGAACUGUAGGAAUGGCAGAUCUCCCAAGGAGACAAGAUGGUGGUUCCAUGAUGAUAAAGUGUAACGAUUACCCAAGGACUGUAACACCACCUCAUUCAUAUGCAUGUGGAUUUAGAAAGGAUGUAUCUUUCUCAAAUUUUCAUAAAAAGAUGGGACAAACAUGAUAUUUUCCAUUUCAAAAACCCUACUAUAUAUAUAUUAGUUGGGAAAUGAAACAACUGCCCAAGAGCUGCUGCAAGGCAGCAAUGCUGGGUAUAACCUGUAAAGCAGUAAUAGUAUGGAACCAAUAUAGGCUUUGAGUUAUUUGUGUGUGUGUGUUUCUUUGAGUAUAUGAAGAUGUAUGUUUUUUUAAGUAA